CGAUGACCCGCUCCCGGCGACAGGUGGAGGCGGCGCGGAAAAAGCGCGUCCAGGGCCGACGGGCCGCGGGAGUGAAGGGGCUGAAGAAGGACCCGGGGGUGCCGCAGCUCGGCCGCUUCGCCGCGCCCGGGCAGAGCCAGAGCGAGACCCGGCAGGGCAGGGCUCUGGAGGCCCAGCGGCGCCGGGAGGGGGCCCGGGGAGGGCUCCUGGGGCAGCGCCGGGGCCUGGCCGAGCUCCAGGGGGACGCGCUGAGGCGGCAGCGGCGCUUCCAGACACAGGAGGAGCAGGAGGAGCCCCCCCAGUCCCCGCAGCCCCCCCAGGACGAGGCGUCGCUGCGACACUUUGGGCGGGAGCUGCGCAAGGUGCUGACGGCGGCUGACGUGGUGCUGGAGGUGCUGGACGCGCGGGACCCCCAGGGCUGCCGCAGCCCCCGGCUCGAGGGUGCCCUGCGGCCCCGGCAGCGCCUCGUGCUCGUGCUCAACAAGAUCGACCUGGUGCCCAGGGACGUGGUGGCCGCGUGGCUGAAGCACCUCCGGGCCGAGUUCCCCACCGUGGCCUUCAAGGCCUGUACUCAGCAGCAGAGCCGGAACCUGAAGCAGAGCAGGCUUCCCGUGGCCACAGCCCCCGAGGAGGUGCUGGCAGGGGGGGCCUGUGUGGGCGCCGAGUGUCUCCUGCACGUCCUGGGCAACUACAGCCGCUGCGGGGGGGCCAAGACCACCCUCACCGUGGGGGUCGUGGGGUACCCCAACGUGGGCAAGAGCAGCCUCAUCAACAGCCUCAAGCGCAGCCGCGUCUGCGGGGUGGGGGCGACCCCGGGGGUCACCAGGUGCCUCCAGGCCGUGCAGCUGGACCGGCACAUCCAGCUCCUGGACUGUCCCGGGGUGGUCCUGGACUCGGGGGACCCCCCGGCCGCCGCCCCCCUGAGGGGGGCCCUGGCCCCCCAGCGCCUGCGGGACCCCCUGAGCCCGGCCGUGGCCAUCCUGCGCCGCUGCCCCCCCCAGCAGCUGAGUGAGCUCUACGGGGUCCCCCCCUGUGCAGACCCCCAGCAGUUCCUGUCCCACCUGGCCCGGCGGCAGGGCCGGCUCCGCCCCGGGGGGCUCCCGGACCCCCACGCCGCCGCCGUGGCCCUGCUGCGCGACUGGACCAGUGGGAAGAUCUCCUACUACACCCACCCCCCCGAGGCCCAGGGGGUGCAGCUGGAGGCCCAAAUCCUGCCGGCGCUGGGGCCGGAGCUGGACCUGGACGCUCUGGAACGGGGGGACGCCGAGGCUCUGGCAGCUGUGCCAGUGAUGGUGAUGGGGCUGGGGCUGUCCCCGUGUGCCCCCGAGGAGGAGGAGGAGGAGGAAGGAGCAGCCAUGGAGGAUGACAGCGGGAAGGACCUGGAGCUCGGCGCAGUGACAGUGGAGCUGAAGCCCCGGGUGAAGUCGGGGGGCUCUGGGAGGGACUCGGUGCCCCGCGCCCCCAGUUUGGAGGAGGUGGCUGCUCUGCCCCCCCUGCUCCAGGGCCAGGGGCUGAGGGCAGCCGGGAAAAGGAGGAAAAAGCUGCAGAAAAGAGCAGAGAAGAUCGCCACGAAGCUCUCGGAGACGCUGGAGGCGGCCAUGCAGUUCUGAGGCACCUGAAACAGAGACUUAGAGCUUUUUAUUUUUAUUUAAGUGAGAAAUGGUUAAAAAAAGCCCUUUUUGAAAUAAAAGGACUGCUG